AAAUAGUAGAGCAGGACAGCUCUCCCGCACUUCACAGCUUGUUUCUUCUGAGGACUCGCCUUGACCUAUUCAGUCUCACAGAAGACAAAAAGAACAGAACCAUGGAAUAUUUCAAGAAUGUUGUCGUAGUUGUUUUCAUUAUAUUCUCGGUAGCAAGAGCUGUCCCAGAGUACCACAGAGUCGAAGCCCAUUAUGGAGGGGAUAUCACUGCUUUUCAGGACAUCAUGGUUGACGAAGAGGAACUUAAUGUGGUUGUAACAGUGUCUAAAAUUUCGUCAAGAAAAGUGACGCCGUCUAUCAAUCUUCAUGACUUCACUGUGGGAUUCAGUGCCAUUAAAAAUGUUGAACAGGGAACUUGCUACAUAGAAAAAACAAGACACACAUUUAACCAAAUGAAGUCGGAAGUAAAACGAGCAAAACAGAAUGACGGACACUACGAAGUUGGUCAGUGGUUCACUUGUACUUCAAAGACUUUCGUAGCGAAGUCACAGAUGUUAACGUAUGGCGAAAGGAUCGCAGCCUUUUGUGCAGAAUACGAGUCUAUAUUCACAGAAAGGACUUACACGAACCGAAACAGAAGGUCACUGGAUAUGUUUGCAGAAAAUGCUCUUGGCUGCUUCAUAUGUGCUGGAUUCUGUUAGCUAGCUAAAUGUGUCAAGAUGGAAAGUGGAAUCAUCAAAGAAGUAUAAAGGCUGACGUUAUGUGUACUUUUGAACAUUGUCUAAAACACCUAAUGUACGUCCUUCUAGUUAUUGUCUGAAAUUAUAACAUACUACGAGUUUACAAACAAAAAAUGUAAUAAAAAAAAACUUAUUCCUUUAUUGAUCGCUGAUCAGAAUAAUGCCUGAAUUUAUAAGAAUUUAUAAAAAUGCAUUUCCAACAUGUUAUUUGAUUAUCAGACAAGUAUCUUUAUAUUUCGGAAAUUUUAAAUGUUCUACACUAAAAACGCAUAAUACUACCACUCUUAUGGCAUGUCAAACGUUGCUAAAUUAUACAUGUAUGUUAUUAUUA